AUGGCAUCUCAAAGUUGGUUAACGGCAAUUAGUAAUUCAGAAAAAACGUGUAUAAUACAAGACGUACAUUUUAAAUUUUCCGAUGGACAAGAAAUGGUUGAAGAAUACAAUUUGGAAACAAAUGUUGUCGUUAGGAGAGCAUGGAAAGUGACAAAAAAAUUUGGUUCACAACCCAAAUGGGAAGUUGAAAUCGGUGAUCCAGAACCAUGUUUUCAAGAAGACAUGGAAAAUUCUGGAAUAAAAGAAUCUUCAACAGCUCCGACGACAACAGCAAGAAUCACAAAAAAUUGUUUGGAAUGGAGAAUUCGUAACUUACCUUAUCCAAUAGACAAUUAUACAGUUUUAGCUAGUCAAGAUGAUAAUUGUAUCAUUGUAAAAACUAAAAAUAAAAAAUUUUUUAAAAAAAUAAGAGUUCCAGAUUUAGAAAGGAUUGGUGUUAAAUUAGAACAAGAUAAAAUAGAUUAUUCGCAUAAAUUUAACACAUUAAUUAUAUCGUAUAAAAAACCACCACAAUUAAUCUUAUCGGAAAAAUUAAUAUUAGAAGAAGUAAAUAAAUUAAAAUCUGUGAAAGAAAACGAUCAAUGCAAACAAAGCUAA